ACCGUUACAAGAUCUGAAAACAAAAACAAAAGCUACUCACAAACUAAAAACAUUGUUAAGUGGUAAAUUGUGCAUUUAUAAACACUACAUAGCUUUAACAUUUCAAGUUAGCUUUCGCUUUAAUUAAAAUAACUGCACUUUGAAAGUUAAACAUGCCGCCCGCGCAGGCGCCAAAUUUUUUGUAAACAUUGCCGCCCAACCCAAAAUGCAACAACAGCAGCCCCCCAAAAACGCCAAUGAACGCAAAAUCGGCACAAGGACGUGCCAGCCAGCCAGGAAAAAUCAAUAACAACACAGCCGCGAAGCGACAAAGGCCGGAAGUGCACUUUUUUUGCAUUACUGGGCGUUGAGUAACGUCACGGCGAGCGAAAAAAUUAGUUCGUUUGCGAAAAAAGUGAUGUAGGUUUUUGCGCCAGGAGCAAGUAGAAAGUAGUAGUCCGCAAAAUGGUGGGCAAGGGCUCGGGCGGCCUGGGCGGCGACACCAGCACGGGCAGCAAGGAACGCCCUGUUUUCAUUCCGCCCCGGAAACGUCAACAAACCAAGUCGGAGGCCAAGAAGCAGAACUAUGUGGAUCACAUCGUCAGUGUGCAGCAAAAUCGGCCCAAGUUGUCGCCCUCCAAUCCGGGACUUGAGGAGGAGCUCCGCAAGUCCAAGCUGAUCAUCAAGAACAAGCAGCCGCUGCCGCAGCUGCCGGGAGAGCUGGGUGUGCCCAGUGCCCACGACACACUGGCCAGUACCCACUCGGCCAGCUCCACGCAGCACAGCCAGAAGUCGGCCAGAUCGAACAGUAAUCUUAACGAGCUGCAGAACUUCGAAUCCAUAUCGCAAGGCACCAAGUCCACGUCGCAGCGGCACGAGAGCAGCACGGUGACGCCCAGCAGCUGUUGCUACUCGGAGAGCAGCCUGGACGCCAAGUUGAGCAAGUCGCAGGACUGCCUAAGCAACCGGUCGUCCUCCAAGAAGCGGGUCAACAUCCGGACAACCGAUCUGCCCGGCCAGGGGCGCAAUCAGCGCUCCUCACCGGAGAUAGCCAACUACGAGGAUCUGGAGUCCGGCGAAACGAGUGUCCUGAACAACUACGACCAGAGUCUGGAGCGUGGCUAUCAGGCGCGCAAGGAGGGCGGCGGCAACUACCUGACCAUGACGGGCACCAUCAAGCGGGGUCGCAAGAAGGGCCAGUCCGUGGACCUACAGAUCAACAUUAGUCGCGAGGAGCUGGAGCAGCUGAACGCCCAUGCGAUGGCCAGCGAUACCCAGAAGGGUGGCAAUUUGUGCUGCACCUGCAGCUGUGGCACCGGUCUCCACAUUCUGCUCAUCUCGCUGUUUUGCCUGCCGUUUGUGACCGUCGUUUCGGCGGUGUACUCCUUCUACAUUGGCACACUCACCUGGUACAAUAUGUUCAACUAUUACUGCGAGGAGAGGACGUACCUGCACAAGAUCCUGGUGACGCCGCUGCUGUUCGUCAUCUAUCCGCUGGCCAUCGUGCUGUGCACCUUCGGCCUGGGAAUCUACUCGGGAUUGCGGCAGUUGAGUUUGCAGUACAGCAGUUGGGUGAACGACAUCACGGAUAUCGAGAAGGGAUUCUACGGCUGGUUGUGCGGCUUCCUGCGAAUGCCCGACUGCAGUCCCUACGAGGUGGUCAUCCUCACCGACAUUUGUGUGGCGCCGCAGGAUCCUCAGCGGCUGCACAUCAACAAACCGCGCCAGGAACUAUCCAUGUAGAAUGUGGGAUGUGGCAUGUAGAACCUGGUAACUGGUUCCAGUUUCGUUUCGACCAUAAGUGUGAUAUAAAAAAAACGUAAUUACAUACGCAGA